AAAAAAUGAAGUCAAUUAUCUGUGUCACACUUUUGCUCAUUGCAUCAGUUUGUUUCGUCAGUGCUGCUCAACACUGUCUCAGCAAUCAAUUCACUGCUUCCAUCUUGUUGAUGGAUCCAAAGAAGCGUUACGACGACUUCCACAAGGUCUACUUUGAUGAAUAUUCCCAACAACAAAGAAUUGAUAUUCACGAAUUGGAUCCUAAUGAUAAGCACGUUUCCAUCUUUUUGAAGCACAACAUUGCCAAGAUGUACAUUUAUGAUCAAACUGCCAACACUUGUACUUCUCACCCACUCGAAGGUAAAUUGCCAGCCUUCUGUUUGGCUAACAAUGCUACCAAGGUUGAUCAAAUCACUAUUGGUGGUUCCUUGAAGGCUGAUGUCUGGGAAGAAAAGGUCUUUGGUUGGACUUCUCGUUUGAUCUUGGCUGCUGAUUCCUACAUUCCAAUUAACAUCUUGUCCAAGGGUGGUCAUUUGAAUAAUCAUAUUUUCGAAGAGUGGUUGGACGUAAAGAACACCAUUGAAUCACCAGCUGUUUUCCAAUUGCCAACUGCUUGUUUGAAUGUUCAAGAUAACAAGAGAAAUGCUGCUGCUCCAGAAGCCUUGUUGAAUCAAGUUGCCAGACUCAAUGCUCCAUUCACUAAGAAGCUCUAAAUGAUAAUGAUUGAAUGUUAAUCAUUUUAAAUAAAGCUUUUUGAAAGAGUAUUUUCAAUUUGAAGUA